UUAGGCAGGGGUGGGGAGGCCCAGGUGUGAGGGGCCAGACAGGGCACCUCUCUGCCUCCACCCUGCUCUCCACAAAACCCUGAGAGCCUGCAGCCUGCCCCUCAAGUCACAGCUUCCUUGUAUGACCUCACUGGUAGUGAUGACCUCACAGACCUUCUCAGUUUCCAUGGCAGUGUAACUACGCAAACGUGCUGCUCUCGGAGAAACCUGCCUACCAGUUCUCCACCAGAUUCCUAUCCCUUUGCCUACCUGAGAGAGAAUGUCUGAUCGGAUCUUCUAUAUUCACUCUAACUUGUCCUCUGUCCCCUGGGAGGGCAGCGCAGCAGUAGCAGUGGCUCCCAUCUCUCCUCCUACACCUGGUCACUACCAUGUCCUCUACCGAGGGUGUGGAGAAACCCAGGUGGGCUGGCAUGGAGAGACGUACUGCCUGGUUGGUGGCUACCGGGCCUAUGGGGAUGCUCCUGUGUCCACCCCAACAAAGGCAGAAGCAGAGAAGCCAGUCCCCAGCCGCGCUCCCAAGAGACGGCGACCUCUGGCAGAAUCAGACAAAGACCUAGGUUGUUCCAGCCCCAAAAUUCGGCGACUGCAGCAUAGUGGCAGGAGAAUGACCCCUCAGAAGCUUGCUGGCUGAGCUGCUCUGAAGAGAGGGCCUAAGGCAGUGAAUGCCUCUUCCUGCAGUGAUCCCCCCACUGCCCACUACCAGAGAUUAGAACCUGUGCUGUUCUUCCUGAGCCUUCCUCAGCAAGAGCCUUCUUCCUUCCAAAAGACUGCAAGCAAGGAGCCUCAGAAACUGAGGUUUGAAAUGAGAGUCUGCUCUGAACAUCCCAGGGCUGAGGCUGGCCUGGAAGAAAACCUGAUGUUUCUUCCCCCCAAUCCUUAGGAGUCCCUUCGUGGGGAGACAAAAAAAAAAGUCUACCUUCUGUGAGCCAAGGAGGAUCCAGGAACAGAGAGAGGGUGCAGAGUGGCCUCAGCAGGGGCCCAGUCUACCUCCUGGGCUCCUUCCCUGAGCUGUUACAAGUGGCCACCAACACAAACCAGGGGGCCCUGGGCUUUUUGAAACUGAAAGAAAUUUCAGAAACUGUGGCUACCCAAAGAGUCCCCUGCCUGGGAUCUCAGGACCCAGGAAGACUUGCUCCCUGGGGCAAGAACGGGAUGGAGUCAAGCAGCACCUGCCCUGCCCCAAGGCUCACAGGCUCCUUCAUUCUCAGCCCUUUCUGGCCCCAGAUGGGUCCCUUUCCGCUCAAUAAAAUGUUUCUCUGUAACGGCGUUUGACUUGAAAUCCAGCUUGUCCAAGGCCAGGCCCUAAACCUCCCUGUUCCAUUUAUUGUAUAUUCUCAAAGGGAGUACGUGGUCCUCUGAGAUCUUUUGCCUCUAAAAAGGACUCUUGGGUGCAAUUUCUAAGUGGCUCCUGCAACGACGUGUGUGUGUG